UAAGUGGGGUUCUUUUUGUUGUUGCUGCUGCUGGCAAUGCUAAUGUUGGGGGUAUGUGUGUAGGCGGGGUAGGAGAAAGCUGACCCCCCCCCGCCCUUCCCUUUUCCCCUUGGCAAAGUCCCCGGUUCUCUCUCUCGCUCUGGGUGUGUGUGUGUGUCGGUGGGAGGAAUUGGGAACAGUGUGCGCGCAAAGCCUGGCCAUGGCGGUAUUCGCUGGCGAGGAGCGGGUGGUCUACUCCAGAUCACAGAUGGUGUUCGCGGGAACAAAGGCGCUGGAGGAUGCGCUCAAGAUCUUCAUGCCCAAGUGCAGCGACUUUCACAACUCGGAGAUUGAGCUGUGGGACUUCCUGUGCAGCAUGAGGGAGGAAGGCUUCACCCCGGUCAUCCUCCGUAGCAAGGACGUGUACGGUUAUUCUUCGUGCCGCUCCGCGGUGCCCGAAGCGAAGCCCACGGCUGAAGUCAAACCCAGCACCGAGAGGGCGCCCAGGAGUCGGCGAAGGAAACAAAGGAAUGCGGGGGAGCCCGUCACCAAGAAACGCAAAAGCUGCCUGACAAAGACCUCACCUUCCCAGGUCGUCAGCCGGGUUUUGCGAGGCAACUUGUCCAGCAAAACCACUGCCUCUCGUCCAUUCGCCUUCCCAACCAUAAAAGUUGAAGAUUCAUCUUCAGAUGAAAGUGUUUCCAAGGCACGUCAGAGGGCUCAAAAAAUUCUUAAAGUAAACUUGUCUCCCGUGAUCAGAUUGAGACCUGUGAGAGUGCCGUGAUGAGGUUUCGGAUGAUGGGACACUUUUUUUAAAGAAAAGAUCAUAAAUAAAUAAUUGAAGAACAUGGGAAACAGGAUAGAAAUUGGUUUUUCGAACCUAUAUUGACUUAUCAUGUUUAUGAAUUCAACAACUGUAAGCUUCAGGGAAAUGUUUUAAAUUAUUUUUAACUGCCUUUGCCUUUUCUGUAGCACUCUAUACUUAUUGUUUACUUGUUAAACUUAUUUCACUUUUUUUGUGUUCCAGCUCGCCACCUUCUUUCUCUGCGAUUGGUGUUGUAUACAAGCAACCCAAUUUGGCAAGCUAAUAGGAUAAAUAGUGAUUCAAGGAUAUAUUCAGUUUACAGAGCUUUGAAUGCAAUUAAAGUUGAAAUAUCACAAGUGGGCAGGACUAGUGAGAAAUUGCAGCAUUUUAGCAAUGAGGAUCCGAUUGCAACAUUCAGCUACACCUUUUCCUUUGUCUCUGUUUUCUUUUGCUAUUUGGAAUGUUCAUCCAUAAAUUUCAAAUCGCUGGAGCUUGCAGCUUAUAGAUCACUAGAUUUACAAAUUUGUGAUCACGUGAGUUGACAAUAUUUUGUGGUAUCCCACCAUUCUCACAUUUUUGCUUAUGAUGGAAUCUUGUGGCUUCAAGAAAGACAAAGCUGAUUAGGUCUGGUUCCAAGGUGAGACUGCACUGAGACUGAAACUGGACUGCACUGUCCAGUUCAACUUGAACAAUUCAACUGUUAAUCAGACGACUUGUUUUGGAUUGCAAGAGAAAGCUGAACCUAGCGCAGAACAUUGAUCGUCCAGUAGCCAUGAGAAAUGUCAGUUGAGUGGAUAACCAACCUGCAGAGUAGCAAUUGUGGAUAUGUACCUUCUGAUCUCUGGCUGUCAUAAUGCAGUCAUUUGCUGCAAGCUAUUUCAUGAAUUGAGCGAUGACUUUUGAGUCUCGGGGUUCAAUAUCCAGAUCGGAAUUUUGUUUUGGCUGUAAGACUCUAGGGUGAAAUAAAUUUGGCUAGUUUCAAUUCAAUUUGUAAAACCUGAGUUCCCAAUGGUGAUGUUUGCUAGCAUAGAUCAGUUGAAGGUGGAGAUGGAUUUUCCCCAGUGUUUGUAGGUGUGAACCACUGAGAACCUUUCAAUGGCUGUUUUGGGUUAGAGUCAACAUGAAUGAAUUGUGGGAGGCGGAUGAAAUACUGCUUUGAGUUGAGCUCGAAUGCAAGAAAUUUGGCCAAGACCAUUUGACCAUUGUGGUAUCGUAGAUUCUGAUUAUUUAGAAGAGGUUCAGAGGAGAGUGAGCAGGAAUUCCAUUUUUAAAAGUCAUUGUGCUGCAAUCAAUUUGAAAAGAGUGGGACAAAUGUGUUUGGUAGUAACUAUGACAGCUUGUGUCAUCUAAUUACAAUAAAAUUUGGGAUUUAGCAAGGACCUGCUAUCUAUUCCAAAUUAAACAUUAAAAUGGAAAAAUGUGUAUGUACUUGCGUUUUUGCAUUCCUUUUAUAUGCACUUCAAAAAUUGUUUGUUUUCCUGAUGAUUCAUGUGCUAUGUUUUCAUGGUAGGAUGUAGGUUUCUGUAGUGGGAGUUAGAAUUCAAAGAAAGCAAGGCUGUGUUGUGAUUCAAAGUAAAUCUGUUCAAGUACACAAACCAAAGUGUCUUGCCCUGGAUUGGUGAAAGCAUUGGGUUGGUUCUGAUUUGAAAUUGGUCUAUACUGGUUGCUUAAUUUACCAUUUUGGAAGCAUGUGUUUGAAUUAUCAGAACAAAAGAUCAACCUUUAGCUCAAUGUUGCAACCGCAGAAAUAAGGUGAGCAUUCAGAGGUUGUAUAUUUUUGACUAAUCUUUUUCAGCAAAUAUAUAUGGAUUGUUUUCAUAUGAUUAAGUGCACAGAUUGAGUGCAAAUCCAUGCAUUAGAACUACUUGGUGAGCACCUAAGAGAUACUGAAGAUGGGAAUACUAGAGUACAAUUUCCAUUGCAUCAUAUUGUUUGCACUUUCCAAAAAUAAUGGGUUUUGUGGUGGAGUUUACAUUUCUAAUUAACAACUGAAAUUCAGCUUUCCAUAGUUGCCUUUCUUAAUAGUAAAGAAACAUUGAAACCUCAAUUUUUAAACUUCUAUUUUAGUCAAAUAAUCUCUUCAAAAUUGCAGAAAAUGAACAACACAGGUGGGGUUUGUAUUCCAUUACUGCAAGGUCCUACCAAACAGAACAGUUUGCCAACAUUUUAUCAUCCAUAAGGAAAACACCAAUCUAUAAUGUAAUGUUAAAAUUGCAAUAGAAGCUACCCUCACUGAACAAUUUCUGAAAUUGAAGCUUCAUUUCACUAUUUUAUUAAGGGAGCUCACCUUUGGCAGUUUUGUACAAAUUUUGCUUUGUGUUUAUAGACUUUGGAAUAUGUUGUAAUUGAAGUACUGAAAUGGGUAGUUUUAAGAAGUGUUUCAAAAAAUAGUAUGUAGGAUAGUAAGAUAGAUGGUUUGAAUGGGAUUUCUAUUCAUGAAUACUUGUUCUUUGAAAGCACAAUUAUGAAUUUAACACAUUCCUUCUCACUUCUCUACCACCCAAUUCCAACCACCCCCCCCCUUGCCCCACCCCAACAGAACAAAAUCAGGGAUAUGGCGCUGACAUUACUCAAUGAUACCUUGGUCAAAUUCAUAGGAAGGUAUAUGAAAAGCUAGUCAAUUCAAAAUAAAUUUAAUUUUUAGUUAUAACCUAUUCACUUGGGGUAAUUUGAAUUAUACCUGUAACAUUUGUGUGAAGUCAUGCACUUACGGUGUGAAUACAGUCUGAAUUUGGUAUUGAGACAAGAUCUGACCUAGUACUGGGUGAAGUAAAAGUCCUGCAAAGAGACUCCUUCACUGCUUGAGAAUCAAUUUAUUUCUUUACAUUUCAUUCCUAUUCCAAAGUUAGUAUUAAGUGGUUUUGGCUAUUUAUUGACGCAAAACUUUUGAAUUAUGAACAAUCAGUCUUUUUGAUACUAUGGUAAUUGAUACUUCAGUGGUGUUGAUCAUACUCAUUCUGUUUCCAGGAUUUUCCUCCAAUUGAUAUUUUCCUGUUACUUGUUUCUAUGUUAAUACCUCAAUAGCUUAAAGAUUUUUUUCUGUAAAUUCUUGUAUCAUUUUUGUAAAUGGUGUAAUUUUUAAUGUUGAAUAAAAAGGACAGUUAUUUUAA